GGCUUCUAAAUCACUUCCUGCCCCUGCGAAUGGACCCCGUUCAUAUUAGCUAUCUGUUUCCGGUUUGCCUUCCUUUUCGGCUACGGCUCCAAACUCGCCAACAUGCCUCUUGCUAAAGACCUUUUGCAUCCAACCCCCGAGGAGGAGAAGAGGAGACACAAGAAAAAACGUCUCGUCCAGAGCCCUAACUCCUACUUUAUGGAUGUCAAAUGUCCAGGUUGCUAUAAAAUCACUACGGUGUUUAGCCAUGCUCAGACAGUAGUGCUGUGUGUGGGGUGCUCCACGGUGCUCUGCCAGCCAACUGGAGGAAAGGCACGUCUUACAGAGGGAUGCUCAUUCAGGAGAAAGCAGCACUAGUCUCACCAACAAUUCUGAUAGGAUGAGAGAUCGAGGGUGGAGAGACCGGAUUGGACGAUGAGAGGUUCAGUGUCUUCGCCCUGGAUGAGACCAGAACUCUUAGCUGAGGCGUGGUGGUGAGGCCAAGUGCAAGGAAAAGACAAACAUGAAAUGAAAUGAUAUCUAUUGCUCCCUGUGAACCAGGCUGUUCAGGGUAGAAGAGACUGAAAAAGAUUCACUGGAACAUCACAUCUCCAACCCUGCCUCUUUAAAAUAAAGUUAUGUCUUUCGUUA